AUGCGGACGGCUGUUCUGGACGAUGGAGCUCACGAGGAAGGAAAGAAGCGCAAUGCAGAAGACGGAGCAACGGCCGUCCAUACAAAAGACACUGAAGUAAAGGAUCAUCUUGCCAAUUCUAUUCUGAAAGACCGAAUAAAUUUGGGGUUGUAUGAGUGCUCGCUGUUUGCGGAAAUGGCCGGUUUUCAGGGGUUAUUCAACCGCGUGUUUGGCACUCAUGAGUGUUUCGAUGCAGUGAUCGGGAAUCUGGUGCACACUUUGGACGAAGCUGGGAAAUCUAGCAGCCCAGAGAGUUUCCAUUCCAUGAAGAAAGACAUCCAAGCAAAUCCACAUCUCCAACCUAUUCUCGAACGGUACUUGACGAAAGAUAACCCGAAGGUCUGCCUGGCAUUUGGCGCUGAUAUCGGUCAUGUAUUUGUCUUUUCUGUCGCGCCAGCCGUUGUUGAUCGCCUAGUCUUGCACAUGUGGGCUCCUGGAUCACAAAUUAUAUUCUACGAGAACUCCCACCAGAAAGAGUUCAAGUCCGUACAAGCCUCCAACGGCCUACUUGAAAUUGCCGAAGCGGCCAUGAGAAGAGGCGGUUGUAAUAAAAUCACAGCUCGUAUGGACAAAGGCGGCUUGUGA